AUGCUUGCGCCCACUGCCGGAAGCAAAAGUCUCGAUGCCAAGGAGGACCACCAUGUAAGAAUUGUCUGCGCCGCGGAAUCCACUGUUCCCUUGAACGCCGGAUUCCAUCCUCGGUGGCCUUUUGUUCAUCGAGGGUCUUUCAGUGAUCAUGAAGCACCAUUAUUGAUCAAGUCAAUGCUUGUUCUUGGUCUGUGGCUAAGCAAGGAACGGAAAGCCCACUCGAAAGCCAUUGACCUGCACAAUUUCCUGGGCUCGGCCAUACGUCAGCAGACUGAGGCAUGGGAUGCCUCUGUAGCAGAUGCAAGUAGUACUUGUAAAUGGCCCAUCGCGACAUAUCAGGCAAUCCUGCUCCAUCUAAUAUUCGCCGCUUUAUAUCGGGGCGGUGGGGAGCUCGACCUUGACCUGAAGCCUUCCCUUGCUCCUGCAGAUGUCGACCUUCUAGAAAGGCUUGUCAUAAGCUGCAAGAAGCUCGGAAUGUUCUACUACCCAAACAUACUGCAGCAUUAUUGCGACAGUAUUCUGCCUGGAUAUACAUGGGUAACUAUUGAGGAGGUGAAGAGGUUUGACCUGGCCUUAUUCAAAGUCUGUGGAGCGUUUAGUAUCUUAGGCAAAGGGGAGGAUAGAACGGGUAACUUAGACGGAAGGAUCCGUGCAUGCGACUUACAAUUUCCACCACCCAGGAAUACGCCGUUGUGGAAUGCUGUAACGAAAGAAGAGUGGGAAUCCGCAGCGACAGCGGAUAUGGACCCCCAUAGCCUGGAUGACCCUUUGCCUCUACAAUGGAUCUCUAAUUCUGCAGAGAUUGUGGAACUUAUUGCUACAGGGUCUCCUGGAUUAUUUUGA